AUGGAAUUCAUCAAACGAUUGGAUGCAAUAAAUGCAAUAAAAGUUGUCAAAUUCAAAAUCUUUAAUGUUUCAAUUCUUAUUGCUUAUGUUGUAUUGUAGGUUGGACACUUAUAGAUGGAAUUAUAUUUCAAAUUGGGAGAUAAUUAAAUGGCAGUAAUUUCUCAAGAAGAAUUUCACUCCAAUUAAGAUGAUUGUCUAAAUUGUAAGUUUUUUAUCCUAUUUAUUUUUAUGGAGAUGGUAAAUUAUAAUAAAAAGAAUAAUGCGAUGAUGGUAAAUUAUAAUAAAAAGAAUAAUGCGAUGAUGGUAAUAAUAUUUAAUUUAAUAAUGCUAUAAAUGUGAGUGUUCAUGUCCUCUCUACUGUGAAAAUUGUCUUCAAAGUAUUUGUUAUGAAUGUUAGCCAAACUUUUAAUUGAUAACACAUGUUAUUAUGGCUGUGGCAGUGGAAUAAAAGUUUAUGAAGAAGAAUGUGAUGAUAGUAAUAUCAUUAUGGUUGUACUUCUCUCUGUAAAUUUGAAUUGAAUAUAACCGCAAAGAAAUCUCUUUUAGUUAUUCCGAUUGUUAAUAUUCUCCCUCUCCUUAUAUGAUAGUCAAAUUCUUAAACUAAACUUAUAAUAAGUAUUAUCAUAAAAUUACAUUCUCUUUAGCUAUCUAUUUCAAUAAGUAUUAUAUUUUUUAAACUCUCUUUAACUUUAGCUUUGAUUAAGAUGGCAUUUCAGAUUAUUUAAUCAAAUUAAAAUCCAACUAUUAAUCAGUAAUCGAUUUAAUUCGAGACUUUUAAUUUAAAGUCCAAAUUCAGCUUUACUUCUACAAAUACUUGAAUUGUAAAUCUUAAUAUUUAUCUUAAUAAUUAUGUAUUUAAUUAAGAGGAUAUCGAAAUACUCAAUCCUAAACAAAAAAUUAAUAUUUCAAAAGUAAUUUGUCUCUAUGA